AUGCAUCCAUCAUUAAGUUCCGUGGAAUUUCACAAUGCACAAUCAGCAUCUCCAUUGCCAUGUAAAAAUAACAAUAAUAAUUUGACGAAUAAUGUGAAAAGUAAUGAGCAAACAAAGAGUGAUGAGAAACGUUUGGAUAAGCAAAGAGAUGCUUCACCGACUUCGUCGACAGUCAAGCCACCGUAUUCAUACAUUGCACUAAUAACAAUGUCAAUCCUCCAAUCACCACAGAAAAAGUUAACUUUAAGUGGAAUAUGUGAAUUCAUAAUGAACCGGUUUCCAUACUAUAAAGAAAAAUUUCCAGCAUGGCAGAAUUCAAUUAGACACAACUUAAGCCUAAACGACUGCUUCAUAAAAGUCCCCCGAGAGCCAGGAAAUCCAGGCAAAGGAAACUUUUGGACACUCGAUCCCCUCGCUGAAGACAUGUUCGACAACGGAAGCUUCCUACGACGAAGAAAGCGCUACAAACGAGUACAACUACACCCAAAUCUUCCAUUUACAAACAUGUUUGGACCAUUUCAUCCAUUUUGGAUAAGAAAACCAGUUCCUGUAAUUCCCUCACUUCAAUUUCCACCCAACAUGCAUCAUCAUCCGUCGGCAUCACAUCCACCAAUGGCGCAUCAUCAAAACUCAUUUAAUUCAAAUUGUGUUCCAUUUAGUUUCAUAAAUUUUCGAGGAACUAAUCAUUCAGUGAUGCAAUCGAGUGAAAUUGAUGAUCGAAAGUUAUCGAAUCAUAAAAAAGAAUAUUUUGAUAGUGCAACAAUUGAAUCAAUUAAAAAUGAACUGUUUAGUGCUAAUAAUAAUCUUGUGGCUAGUGGGAAGUUUAAUAAUAAUGAAAUGCAGCACUCGCAACAAAAUAAUUUUAAUAGUGCAACAACGACAGCGACGGCUAUAAAUAAUUCUUAUGAGGAUGAAGAUUUUAAUAAUGAUAAUAUUGACGUUGAAACAGAUUCCGAUAAUGAUCAGCACAUGAGUGAUGUAAAACAAUUAAAUUAUCAUAAUUUAAGUGAUUCAACAACAAUUAAAAGUGAGGAAUGGAAUAAAAUUAUGAAAAAUACAAUGAUGCUCAAGUCCAAUCAUAUCGAGCAUUUAAUUGCAUCUGGAAAUGAUUCAAACUCUCCAUUACCGCCAUUCCUACAAAGUGAUGCCAACCAAAAUAAUGUAGAUACAAAAAUAAUAUCUAAUGACAUUAAAAUUGAUUCCGAUACAGAUCAAACAAUCAGUGGUACAAAAGACAGUAAAGUCAAACGAUCCGUGUACGCAACGGAUGAUGAUGACAAUGAGUUCUUUCACGAUUCCUUUACGGAGCAUAAUUUGUUAAAUUUAAGUGAUAAGAAAAAGGGAAAAUAUGGAAAUACGAAAGGAUUUAGUAUAGAGAAUUUAAUCGGUAGAAUAGUUGAGGAUAGAUAA